AUGCCUAGAGUCCUAAUUAGUGAUGGUGGAUCCCAUUUCUGUAAUCGAACGAUUGAGGCUUUGUUGAGGAAGUAUGAUGUCAAACAUAAGGUCUCUACACCUUAUCAUCCCCAGACAAGUGGGCAGGCUGAAGUCUCAAAUCGUGAGAUCAAAAGGAUUUUGGAGAAGACUGUUAGCCCUAACAGGAAGAAUUGGUCCCUACGCUUGGAGGAUGCAUUGUGGGCUUACAGAACUGCAUACAAGACACCCAUUGGCAUGUCCCCAUAUCGGAUUGUAUAUGGCAAGCCUUGCCAUUUACCUGUGGAGUUAGAGCAUAAAGCCUGGUGGGCCGUGAAGCAGUUCAAUAUGGAUCUUGAUGAAGCUGGGCUUCAUAGAAAAUUGCAAUUGCAGGAGUUGGAGGAGAUAAGGAAUGACGCCUUUGAGAGUGCAAUGGUCUACAAGGAAAAGACAAAGGCCUUCCAUGACAAGAUGAUUCAUGGGAAGACGUUUGUUGUGGGCCAAAAAGUUCUACUUUUCCAUUCUCGUCUAAAACUCUUCCCAGGUAAGCUUCGUUCUCGUUGGAUUGGGCCUUUCAUUAUUACUCAUGUAUUCUCCCAUGGAGCUGUUCAAAUCAAGAGUGAACAAACUGGAAACGAGUUCAAAGUGAAUGGCCACCGCCUGAAGCCCUAUUAUGAAGCAUUUGUGGAGCAUGAAGUGGAGGAUGUACCCCUCCAAAACGCCCCACAACCAGAGGAUUAA